AGAGAGUGAGAGAGAGAGGUGCUUUCCAUAGUCAUUCCCGUCGAGAGACCUAUUUAUAUCCAAAAAGGAAGAGAGAAGAAGAAGAAGAAGAAGAAGAAGAAGAAGAAGACUGUGGAGAGAGAGAGAGAGGAGAUGGAGGAUAUACAGGAGGAAGAGGGCGGUACGGACGAGGAGGUGCUGGGAUCGAGCUUGACCAUGGAGAAAGUGGCGGCUGCGAAGCAGUACAUCGAGAAUCACUACCGAGCUCAGACGAAGAACAUUCAGGAUAGGAAAGAGCGACGAUGGAUUUUGGAAAGAAAGUUAGCUUCUUCUGGAGUGCCAAAGGAGGAGCAGAUCACCAUGAUUAAAGAUCUGGAGAGAAAAGAGACAGAGUUUAUGAGGCUUAAAAGGAACAAGAUAAGUGUUGAUGACUUUGAGCUUUUGACAAUCAUCGGAAGAGGUGCUUUUGGUGAGGUUCGCUUAUGUCGGGAGAAAAAGUCUGGAAAUAUUUAUGCUAUGAAGAAGUUAAAGAAAUCUGAAAUGGUCAUGAGAGGACAGGUGGAACAUGUCAGAGCAGAGAGAAACCUGCUGGCCGAGGUUGCAAGCCAUUAUAUAGUGAAACUCUACUAUUCAUUUCAGGAUGCCGAGUAUCUAUAUCUGAUUAUGGAAUACCUCCCUGGUGGUGAUAUGAUGACUUUGCUCAUGAGGGAGGAUACAUUACAUGAAGAUGUUGCCAGAUUUUAUAUUGCUCAAAGUGUCCUGGCCAUUGAAUCCAUUCACAGAUACAACUAUAUUCAUAGGGACAUCAAACCUGACAACCUUCUUUUGGACAAAGAUGGACACAUGAAACUUUCGGACUUUGGGCUUUGUAAGCCUCUUGAUUGUAGAACUUUACCUUCAAUUCAGGAGAAUCGGGCCACCGAUGAUGAAGCUGUUACAGAACCUAUGGAUGUUGAUGGAUGUUUUCCCGAUACUGAUAACAAAAGAAGCUGGCGCAGUCCCCAGGAACAACUUCAGCAUUGGCAGAUGAAUCGCAGAAAACUAGCAUUUUCGACUGUGGGAACACCUGACUAUAUUGCUCCUGAAGUUUUGCUGAAGAAAGGAUAUGGCAUGGAAUGUGAUUGGUGGUCAUUAGGUGCAAUUAUGUACGAAAUGCUCGUUGGGUAUCCUCCUUUUUAUGCUGAUGACCCAAUAUCGACAUGCAGAAAGAUUGUCCAUUGGAGAAAUCAUUUGAAAUUUCCCGAGGAUGCUAAGUUGUCAUCGGAGGCAAAGGAUCUUGUCUGCAGGUUGCUGUGCAACGUCGACCAUAGACUUGGCACUGGAGGAGGAGCUCAGCAAAUCAAGGAUCAUCCCUGGUUCAAGGAUGUUGUGUGGGAAAAGCUCUAUGAAAUGGAGGCUGCUUACAAACCAGAAGUGAAUGACGAGCUAGAUACACAAAACUUUAUGAAGUUUGAUGAAGUGAAUUCUCCUGCGCCUGAAAGAACUAAAUCGGGUACCUCCAGGAAGCAUCUUGCUCCCAAGGAUUUAAGUUUUGUUGGCUACACAUACAAGAACUUUGACGCUGUGAAAGGGUUGCGUCAAUCACUUGAGAUGGCAAGAACUAUGUCUCUGGAUCGAUCACCAGCUGAGGCGAUGCCUGUGGAGCGGAUAAGCGGGGAAACAGCAGAGGCUCAGAUGGUGUCAUCGAUGGAUGAUCCAAUGAUUAUUUGAAAUAACCAAAACAAGUAAUUCAAGAUAUAUGGUCUUCCUCAGGCUUUAGGAAAUUUAUCUUACGCCUUUCUAUUUUUAAAAAGAAAAUGUACAGCAAGCCCAGAAGUUGAAACAGGAGAAGAGUCAAAAUGGUUUGGGUAGAAGAAAAAAGUGUGAGAAGAAGAGAAGUUGGGAGAUUAACAAUGGUUAGCCUUUCCUGAUUGUUCUGUGUAUUAGAAGAAGAAGAAAGAGAAGGGGGGAAAAUAAGAGAUUAGAGUAAGUCUUUGUGUUAUAUAAAAAAAGCUGCCCAGGUUGGCUAUAGUAAUGUUGCCUUCUCUAGUGGCAGUUUUACUGCGACAUUUUAACUCUCUUAUUUUUUUUUAUACUUUGGCCUUCGUCUGUGUGUAUCAAACUUUUAUUUCUAAAAAUUUGAAGACCCACCCGAGGAGUGAGGACUUUACAGAGU